AUGUCGUCUAAAUUCGCCGAAGAACGGCGAAAAAAAGCCGAGGAAAAGCAACGCCGCCGUGACGACGACUACCGGGCCUUUAUGGCCGACUUUGGGAAGCGCGCCUUUGACCUGCAGCGGGUACUCCCCGCCGCCUCGCAAGAGGUCCCCGCCACCGCCCUCGCCGAGAGGGGCCUGCCCGCAAAUACACCAUCAGGCCCCUCUCGGCGAGGGCUUGACAAUUCCCGUUGGGCACCGUACGCCGCCCAACGGGCCCCUGCGCGGCCCGCUGGCCAAAACGCGGCCAGAGCUGGUGAGGAUGCGCCCCGGGCUGCCACUGCCACGCCCACGCCACACAAUUCCCCUCCCUCCACAUCUUACGACCUCCAUGAGGUCUCGGAUGAGGAUGUUGAGGUCAAACUGUCUGGUGGUCCACUGAUCAUCCCCUUUCAUCUCCUGUUCCUACGAGAACCUGAAGCACCAAGAGAAACCGACAUUAUAAUCGGUAAGGAAGAGUUACUCUACAUUGCGGAAGAGGGGAUGGGAUAUGCAAUUUCAGUAAAUUGCUCUUUCUCUUUCUCUUCUGCGGCCUUCUGCGGCCUUCUGCGGCACCCUCCCUCCCUGCGUAUCUAA